CGGCAUUUUGCUCGAUUAAAUAGCAACCUUAUCAAAUCGCUCCGUCUAAUUGAGUGUAACCGGCAGCGAGAACACCGCAAUUUCUUCUGCCAACGCGUGCCUUUUUGCCAUCCUGCAUCCUUCCCGCACAAAUUGCCUUCAUUCCUCCGCAACCGUGUCUAACGGAUCAUUAACUAUUUACGAGAAUGUCGCAACCACGCAAGCACGUCGCGCUACUACCGUACCCGCUGUUCGGGCACAUCACGCCGUUAUUACAGCUAGCGCGGAAGAUCAGCGCGCACCACGACGUCACCUUCAUGACCUCGGCGCUGCGCGUCCAGCAGCUGCGGCACCGCGGCAUCUUCACCGCCGCCGACGAACAACACAUCCGGUUGGUCUCGCUGCAGGACGGCGUCCAGGAGAGCGACGACAGCGAGGGCACCCUCGGCCAGAUGAUGGAGCUGGGCGAGAAGACCAUGACCUUUACCACCUCACUCUUCGCCACUAUGCCGGCGGCCGUCGACCCCCAUCCGGACGUCGACUACCGGCAUUUAGUGGACCAACCGCUCCAUCGUCCCGUCGACGUCAUCAUCGGCGACCUGGUGGCUUUCUUCCAGGUGGAGCUGCUGACCGCCCGCGGGAUCCGAUGUUUCUGCUUCCUCUCGUGUUCCGGCCUGAUGCUAGCGAAUAAACUGGACAUCGGGUCGGACACCCCGGUGAUCCCGGACGCGGCCUUCUUUUCUGAUUGGGAGGCGCACGAGGACCUCAAUGUGACCGGCAUCCCGAAGGCGUACAAGGAUAUGGCGGAUAAGUACGGGGGCAACUUUCUGAAGGGGUUCCACCAUGUCGCCGGAUAUAUUGUCAAUUCGGUGGAGGGGUUGGAGGAGAAGGUCGCAAAGAGAUUUGCGGAGCAUUCGUUGACGGCCAAUCGGCCGGUGCGUUUCGUGGCGCCGCUGUUUGCCGAAGCGGAGGGCGGGGCGAAGAAUGCAGCGGAGACGGCGGCGAAUAGUCUGGUGGAUCAGUGGCUGGAUAAGCAAAAGGAACGGGAUGUUGUCUAUGUCAGUUUCGGCUCGUAUGCCGUCUCGCAAAAGGACCAAACACUUGAAAUUGCUAAAGCGUUAAUGUCCUUGGAUAAACCGUUCAUCUGGUCGCUAAAAGCCAACCAACAAAAACUACUUUCGGACGACAUGAAAGCCUUAAUCGAGCAGCAGUCGGCGUCCAGUAAAUAUCUGGUGUUGGCGUGGACGCCGCAGCGGCGCAUCCUCAACCACCCGGCGACGCGGCUCUUCGUCAGUCACGUGGGAUACAACAGUCUCCUGGAGGCCUUCGACGCCGGCGUGCCGCUGGUGAGCUGGCCCAUGUUCGGCGACCAGUUCGCCAACGCCAACAUGGCGCAGCGCCUGGGCAACGGGCUCAGUCUGCCCGCGACGGGGAUGUUGUUCGCCCGCGUCGUCCCGGCGGCGGAAGUGGUCGAGGCGGUCCAGAAGGUCGGGCAGUGGGAUAAGCCGUACGCGGAGGGCGACUACACGCAGAAGGCGCUGGAGAUCAGCCGGGUGGUCAAGGCGGCCGCCCGGCCAGGAGGCAGCUCGUAUGAGGCCUUUUCCCAGCUUGUUUCUUGUGACAUUUAAAUAAUAAUCGGCUACAGUUAGUACUACCUAUAUACAGUAAAUACAAGUAGAAUUAAUUUCCCUUUUAAUACUCGGGGCGGUGGGUUGUUUUAUGACUACUUCGAAUUAAAAUUGUGAAAAUAUUUCGCGGGAUAAACCUUGGCCAGCACCGUUU